UCGGCCGUGGGAUGCAGCCUCUCAUCUCCAGCACAUGGACAGCGGAGCUCCGAGCUGCCGCAGCGCGCCACGGCCCCACUAGCUGAACAGACCAAGAGAGAACAGACCACGCUCCCCGAGUUAAACUUUCUGGACUCCGGAUAAAAAAAAGGAUUUACUUCUUUCCACUUCUUCUUUUUCUUCUUAUCUCUUCAAACCAGUUUUGUUCAAUGCGCAGCCAUGCUGAUCAUCUCGUCCCGCAGUGCGCUGCUGUCCGUCUACUACCCACAGAUCUUCCUCAUCCUCACCAGCGGUAGCUACCUGGCGCUGUCUUCUGUGGUGGCUCUAGGUGCUAACAUCAUCUGCAACAAGAUCCCCGGACUGGCCCCCCGCCAGAGAGCCCUCUGUCAGAGUCGGCCGGACGCCAUCAUCGUUAUUGGCGAAGGUGCCCAGCUGGGCAUCAAUGAGUGUCAGUACCAGUUUCGUUACGGACGCUGGAACUGCUCGGCCCUGGGAGAGAGGACCGUCUUCGGACAAGAGCUGAGAGUAGGCAGCAGGGAGGCAGCGUUCACGUACGCCAUCACCGCAGCAGGAGUUGCCCACGCGGUUACCACGGCUUGUAGCCAAGGCAACCUGAGCCAGUGUGGCUGCGAUCGCGAGAAGCAGGGCUACCACGACCGAGAGGAGGGCUGGAAGUGGGGGGGCUGCUCUGCCGAUGUGAAGUACGGCGUGGAGUUCUCGCGGCGCUUUGUGGACGCUCGUGAGAUCAAGAAAAACGCCCGGCGGCUGAUGAACCUGCACAACAACGAGGCAGGGCGAAAGAUGCUGGAGGAGAAGAUGAAGCUGGAGUGUAAGUGUCACGGCGUGUCCGGUUCCUGCACCACCAAGACCUGCUGGAUCACCCUGCCCAAGUUCAGAGAGCUGGGUUACCUGCUGAAGGAGCGCUACAGCGGAGCCGUCCAGGUGGAGCCGGUCCGGGCCUCGCGUCUCCGACAACCUUCCUUCCUGCGACUCAAAGAGGCUCGGGGCUUCCAGAAGCCCACGGACACGGACCUGGUGUACCUGGACCGAUCGCCCAACUACUGCGAGGAGGACAAGGUCACGGGAAGCACGGGAACACGGGGACGACUGUGCAACGGCACCUCCACCCACACGGACGGUUGUAAUCUGAUGUGCUGCGGCCGGGGGCACGACACGCACAGCUACACCCGCAUCUGGCAGUGCAACUGCAAGUUCCACUGGUGCUGCUUCGUCAAGUGCAACACAUGCAGCGAGAAAUCAGAAGUGUUCACCUGCAAGUAGGGGGUGAGGAAGAGGGGGAAGAGGCUGGGGAAGACGGACAGUGGUGGAAAGUAAGAAAGUGGAAUUUGAAGUGAAGGACUUGGAAGUAUUUAUUCAACAAUUUGCACAUUUUUAAAACCUAUUCUGUGAUUCUUUAAAGAAAGAAACAACAGACGUGGAGUUUUGGAAAGAGAGACAUGAUCAUUCUUUUUCUGCGCGCUGGUUCAAAACUGUGACAUGAUGCAAACAUGUUGCAGGCUAAAGGAUUUGAUGUUCACCCUAUUGCCUCGAGAAGACGACAUCUUGCAAAGAUGUAGCAUACAGUUGUCUAACGUGAGAGGGAAAACAAAAACUAUUGUUGGAUCUUGAAAAGACUUUUGCAAACUGGAAAUGCUACGGCGCUUCAGACUGCCAUGAAGACAGGAUUCUGGGGAAGAUUAAAAAGAAAGAUGGCAGUGGAAUACUUUUAAAUGUACGCUCACACUGUAUUCUGUUUGAACACUGAAAAUAAAACAAAUUAUUUAUGUAAAAAUAUCUUUCAAAACUAGCCUUAAAGGAUGGAUAGAGAACAAAACCGCUUUGAACUUUUUUCCUCUUUUAUGAUCGUAAAUGGCUACUGAUACGGAGUCACAUUUAUCCAUUAUCAGUGGCGUACUUCGCUGUAGAUUAGUCGUUUUUCUUUUGCACUCACGGUCAUUUCUUUCCCCUUUUCAUCAGUUAUGAGUCGUGCUGGUGAGCGCUGCGCCGACGUCUCUCUCAUGGACAAAUUCCCCUCCGAAACCCAGACCCCUUUUGUUACACCAGGAGACAAAGAGGCAGAAAAUACCCCCAAACUAUUUUAAGCAUCCAGGCUCUUUCCAUUCCGACCGUGCUCAUUGGUUUGUUUUCGGAGGGCCCUUGACUUCUGAGAAAAUCGUGUAAGCCUCAUUGGAACUCCAUAGAGGUGCAAUCAUGUUCAGAUACAUCCAACGUUCCCAUGAUCGGCAGAGACGUGGAAUUCCAUAUGAUGCUUGCACAGGGCCUCGCAGCGCGGUUUAGGCCUGCCUGGGUGGAUGGCAUGUGCCCUAACCACACAGAAGGGGGUAUGAGAGGAUCAAAGGACUUUAAAGCUAUUUUUGGACAGCACCCUUAAUGUAUUCAGAAAUGUUUAUUUAGGCUUUAUAUAACUUACAAAACAAUUUGAAGAGUAUAUUUUUAUAUGAGGAACAUGGCACUUUAUGUCAUUUAUAAAUGGAAAAGAAAUUUACAAAUGUUUUCUAAUGUCGAUGGUAUAAAUUAUUUGGAAUUUAUGUUUUUGAUCAAAGUUCCUGAAGUGUAAAUACUCCACGUGUUUUAUCAAAGUAGCCCAGGUUGUCCACCUCGAUUACGAUCCUUCACAUCUCAACGUAGCUCAUAGAAAUUCAGUAUUUGAUUCAAUUGCGAGUAGAUAAUACAUUGGAUGUGUCAGCCACCAACUCGCUGCGCAGCUUUAGAUCGGAGAGAUUUCUGUGUUUCCAGUUGUCUUCAUGGUCCUUUCAGUAACUAAGAACACCGUGUUGCUUCAUGGUUUUUUUGUCCUUGAAGUCUGCAUCACUCAAAUGGACCGUUGUAUUUCUUCUUUUUUACCAAUAAAA